UCCCCCCCCGCCAACCCCGUCGCCCAGGGUAACGGCUUCGGGGUGGGAAGGGGGCUGCGAACAACCGCAGCAGCAGAGCGGCCUGUGCGGCUCCAUGUCCACGCGCCCCGGGACCGAAGGCUUUAAAGGGUAGAACUGUGGGGCACUGGGACCAUGAUGAACUCCUCCAAGAAGAGUGAACUAGAUUUAGAAAAAAGCAUUACCAAUAAGAAAACAGAAGAAGCCAACUGGCAGUGUAUCUACCCAAAUGAGAGGAGAGAGAGGAAUCACGUUUAUACUCUUCUUGACAUCAGCGAGAAUGUAUUUGAACAAGAUGAAAGGUCCUUGGAAUAUGUCAUCAGGACAGGAUGGGAGGAAGCUGUGCAAGGCUGGGGUAAAGCCGCUCCAUUUGCCUGCCUUCAGUUGCAAAAGGAAGCCAAGAAAUCAAGGGCAAAUGAAACCAUCAACAGUUGCCUGUUUUGCUUAGAUAUGAGGCAAAAUAAUGACAAAAGUGUGAGCCAAGAAACCAAGACUACGAGAGAUCAAUCAAAAUCUGAUUGCAAAUUAAGCACAUGUGCUAUAGAUGAUACCGUUUCAGAAAAGAAAGAGGUUCCAGUCCAUUCUAGUGAGUCUUCCAAUUGUUCUACCACAGAUGGAACUAAGAGAGAAAGUUGUAAUGGCAAGUUACGCUCUAUUCAGACAUUUCAAGGUGAAAAGAAAAGUUUGCCAGUAAAGGAAUACAGUAUACGGCAACCAGAAAAAAUGAAAAACCCAGAAGCCCUAAAAAAUAAAGCUGUAAAGACCCCUGAGCCUACCAUGCCUGCUCCUGAUAGCUCUGAAGCUUCAAACUUAAAAUCUUUGCUGAUAUUGCCACCAGUGAAAGAUGCAACUCCAAAAGAUAGCACAGAUCCUUCUUUUAAGAAAAGUAUAGCCGCUAUCUCCCAGGCAAAUCAGAAAAUGCUCAAUGCUACUUCAGCUGAGACUGCUUCCGGUAGUAAGGGUACUAAAACAAUAGAACAAAAGGGGGAAAAAGAAACUGACUCUAUCAUUCAUGAUACAGUGAAGGAGAAACAAAUUCACGAACCAUUAUCCUUUGUCCCAAGGCUUCCAAAAGCAUUCCUGCAAGCAGGCCCUGAACAGUUACACUGGCCCUGUGCUCUUUGGCCAGAUAGAAAAAUUACAACCACUUCUAAUUCUGUUUCUUUGAGAAAGAACAGUCAUCUUGCUAACAUGCAGUUUCUGCAUACAAAAGGAAUACAGUACACAAAACAUGAUGAGAUCAGAGGUCCUUUCAUCAACAGUAUUAAAAACAGAAGUCUCUCAGAGGCCAAGCAAGGAAAUGAAUCAAAAACACAGGCGGUGCAACUGCUUCCUGGACUAUUCCCUUCCUUAACGGUCAGCCAUGUUGCAAUAACCGCAAUGUCUUCUAGACUGACCUAACAUUUUUAUACUGUAACUUCAUGUCAUUUUCUUCUAUUUGUUUGAACUCAUUAUAUGAUGAGAAAAGAAUUGAAGAUACAUUGUACUUGUGCUCCGUGUGAGCAGACUUGCCGUUUGUUAAUUUUUGUAGGUGCUACUUAUAUGUAUCAGUUUAUAAUACUAUACAUUCCUUCCAAAUAAUUUAAUUUCCAGUUUAUAGAUUAACUGUCUAUUGUAUACAAUAUUCUAAUUCCCCAUUUCCCCGUAUUAAUUUAUUUAAGGUUCUACUGGAACUAAGUGCAUUCACCUCAUUCAGGUGCAGUCCUCAUGAACAAUUAGACUGUGGGGCAAGCUGGGGUGUGAAUCUAUCCCACAUCAGUCUGCCCUGCUCUAACUGUCCAUGUACACCCUGCUGCUAUAUGUUAAGUUUGUUACAGUCAGGGCCGGCUCCAGGCACCAGCCCACCAAGCUUGUGCUUGGGGCGGCACCUGGAGGGGGGCGGCGGCGCGGUGUGGCGUUCCGGCUCCAGCCGCCAGGGAGAGUGGGGCCACGGCUGGGCUCGCCGCCCUCCUCCCAGGGCUCCGGCUGCUCCCUCCCCCGGCGCCCUCCCCCCCGGCUGCCGGGGAGAGCAGAGCCCCGGCCAGGCAC